CUGGAGCGCUGUAACUCCCGCGGACACCCGACCGCGCAACCCAAGAGCCCAACUUGAACCUUCAAUUCCACCAUUCAUUCAUUCAUCCACUUUCGUCUGAUCGAUCCUCGUUUCCUUCCCCGGAUCCCAUUCCGUGUCAUUUGAUCUUGGUCGACAGGCAAACAAGUCAAAAUGGCCGCCAAGCUCUCCCUCAAGCUCUCCAACAAGUCGCCGAGGCAGCCCAUCCAGAAGCUGCCGGCUUCCCUUGAGCUCCCCGCCGAUGCCACCGUCGAGGACGCGAAGCAGGCCGUUGCCCGCCAGUCCGGCAUCAACGACUUCAACCGCAUCGGCCUCUUCGACCCCGAGACCAAGAAGAUCCUCAAGAACCGCAAGGCUCUUGUCCGUGAUGAGGCCGGUGUUGUCAAGGCCGGCGAGCUCGUCGUCAAGGACCUUGGCCCCCAGAUCGCCUGGCGCACCGUCUUCGUGAUCGAAUACUUCGGCCCCAUUCUCUUCCACGUCCUCGUCCCCCUGCUCCGCCCAUACAUCUACAGCUUCGGCCCGUGGGCCUACAAGAACGAGGCCGAGACGCCCAUGUCCAAGGUCCAAUGGCUCCUCUUUGCCCUCUUCAACCUCCACUUCCUCAAGCGCGAGUACGAGACCCUCUUCGUCCACAAGUUCUCGGCCAACACCAUGCCCGCCUUCAACAUCUUCCGCAACUCUGCCUUCUACUGGCUCCUUGCCGGCCUCAUGUGCUCCCUCGACAUCUACCGCCCCGGUUCUUCGGCUGACCGCAACGAUCUUGGUCUCCUGGACUACUUCGGCAUUGCCCUCUUCGCCGUCUGCGAGGCCUGCAACUGGAUUGUCCACCAGCACUUGGCCAGCCUCCGCAAGCCCGGCGGCACUGAGCGUGGUAUCCCCAACUGCAUUGGUAGCAACCUGGUUACCAGCCCCAACUACAUGUUUGAGGUCCUCGCUUGGGUUGGUGUCAUCUUGAUCAGCCGCAGCCCUGCUGUUGUUAUCUUCAUUGCUACCGGUACUAUCUACAUGCGCAGCUGGUCCCGCGGCAAGGAGAGGGCUCUUCGCAAUGAGUUCGGUGACCGAUACAAGGCCAAGCGCUACACCAUGCUUCCCGGUCUUAUCUAAGCUAGCCUUGUAAGGAGGCUUGGUUUGGGUUUAGGCGUGGGGUAUGUCGCGCAUGGUUUACCAGCUCAGGGCGGGUGGUUUGAUGUGAACAUUCUUGUACACUCGGUGUAUGACAAUCGAGAACGGUGACAGUGAUCAUUCUAUGAGGUGUCACUGCUAUCCAAACUCGUGUGCUAUAGGGUGUUAGAUUUAAAACUGGUGAUGGAAAUAUGUAACAAGAUGAACGAAUUCCUAUACUCAAAUAUCAUCAUCAUUCAGGUUUUUUGGGGCAUCUUCCAGGUCAUAACUUCGUAACAUCGUUACACGCCCUUCAAACAAAAGGGAACUCAUACAGUCGCAGGUGUCAAACUCAGAAACUGUGUGCCUCCGGAGCCAUUGAGUUCCGGUGAUCGGGGUAGAGGGACCAUUGAGGGGUAUGAUAUCGUGUCAUCGACCGCCUUCCCUUUCCCCUUAUCAAGUUUCGUGUGUCUCUCGUGGACAUCAUCUUCAGUGACCAUGACCACAUCCCCCACAUCGUCUCUUUCUAUGUCCUCCCCUUCUCUCUGAUCACCGUUGACAUCCUCUGCCUCAGCGGCCCUUGCUACACCAUUAUUCUUACUUCCAUCCCCCACUAUCCCACUCUCCUCCUCACCUUCCUCAUCAUUCUCUAACUUCCUCUCACCACCAUCCCCAACCCUCUCAUCUUUCCUAUCCCCUCCUUCUGAUCCAUUCUCUCCAUCCCUAUCAUCCCCAUCCCCAUCCCCCCUCUCAGACCCAGAAUAACUGCCAGAUCCAUAACUCCCAGACCACUCACUCCCACCCCCACUCCCACUUUCAUACUCUCCAUUCGCCCUCUUAAUCGUCUCCUCAAUCCUCAAGAACCCCCUCUCCAAAACCUCCGCCCAAUUCUGCACGUCCCCCACCUCUUUGAGCCUUUUCGUCCCUUCCCGCGCUACUUUUUCCAACUUAUCAUUUUCCUUCCUGAAACUCUCCACGGCUUUGCUCAUCUCGCGCUCUUGUUUCAAGAUGGCGUUGUGGUUCUGGUGGAGCAAGGAGGCGCGCCCCGUGAGUUCUCUGUCUAGGAGGUUGGAGAUGGAUGCGAGGACUGCGGUGCGGGCUUGGGCUGUUGGGAGGGUGGUGGUGGUGGUGGUGGAAACAGGAAUAGUAGGGGUGCGAGGGGUUGCGGGGACGGAGGGAAGAUUGACGUGGUGGGUUUGAGAAGAAGUUCGGGAGGAGGGAUGGGAAUGGGGAUGGGGGUGAGAAGAAGGGGGAGGGAAAGUAGGUGCUGAUUUCCUGGCGGCGGUAGUAGUGGUGGUGGUAGUGGUGGUGGUACUCGUCGAAGUAGAUGAUCCCGUGGUUGUCGUUCGCAAAGAUGUCCCUGAAGUUGAGGAGGCUA